AUGACUAAAUCACUGCGCGGGUCUUCACUCCCUCAGGCCCGCUCAUACCAUCACAAUCAUUACCAUUUACACAACAAGCGCGCCGCCUCACACGAGAAUGCGAUUCCUCACCACCACCACCGCCGCCAGACAGACACAGACGAAGCCGACAACAGCCCCACUCCCGAGUCCGCAUCCAGCAGCUCCUCCUCCUCUCGCAAAGUCGUCGUCCAGACCGUCUCCAUCGUUCAAGUAGUCGAUGCCUCCGGCGCCCCCAUCGAAGUUCAGACUCACUACGCUCCUCCCGCCACCGUGGAUGCCGACACGUCGCCCAGCGCCAGCGCCAGUGCUGACCUAGGCCUACAUUACCUCGUCCGAAACUGCGACCUCCUCGAGCGACUCAUCCCUGUCGACUCCCCCGGCGACGACCUCCUCGACGACACCAUCGCCCGCGGGCUCUUCCACAAGUCAAGAUAUUCCCUUGACGUCCAAUCCUUUAUCCUCAGUACCGGCAUCGUCUGCGGCGCCGUCAGCUUAUUCUUCGUUGAGUGCUCCUUCAAACUCAACAAUUCCAUUCCUUACGUCAACAAAUUCAUCUUCUACAUCAGUCCUUACCGCAACCACUUCAACAAGCCUGUUUUCGUCCGGUUCGACGAGCGUAACAUCUUCAGUGCUUUCAUCCAUUUCAUCGACUUCCGAUUCAUCUUCUGGUUCAACUACCACCACCACCGGCAGCCUCAGCACCACCAACACUUUUGCCACGAGCACAUCGACAGUUCCAGCGGCGACGAUUCGGCACCAUCAACCGGCACCGUUGUGGGCAGCGUGGUGGGAAGCGUAGCAGGCGUGGCGUUUCUCGUGCUCCUCGCUUUUCUUGCCUUGCGAUGGAAGAAGCGCUCCGGUGGACGACUCCGACUUAGCGAAGUCAGCGCAAAGGCCGCCCGGGGAAUCCUCACUGGCUCAGGUGGACCCGACAGCGGCAGCCGUCCCGGAAUGACACAAAGGGCCGUGACGUUCGGCUCGGCCGCAAUUGGCGGCGCGGCUGCCGCGGCUAAGCCGCACUCAAGAAGAGCUAGCGAACCUUCCGAAACCGGCGAGAGAGGCUUUGUGAGGGUUGCAGGCAGGAAGCUGCCGUCGGUCCUCCAGGCCGGAGGUGAUGGCUACACGGACCCGCGCGAAACCGCUGGAGACGCAACCGCCAACGACGACGAAUCCGUCUACUACCGCGACUCUCGAGCGUUCUUCGAGCCCGGCGGCGCGGGCCAAACGCGACUUGCACUCGGCUCGCCGAUGAGACCCGUUAGCGGCGUCAUCACCAUGCAGCCGGGCCCGGCCCGGACGCCGGUGACGGAGUCGGCUCCGUUUCCGGCACCGCCUGACUCGACCCUCUCGCCGCCACGAGACCCCAUUGGCCGGACCUUGAAUUCGCAGGACGGGUCGCGGGGGUCUCGGGGCUCCGUGUCCAGGUUCCAAGAGGACAUGUGA